AUGACCGAACUUCAGGACAUAAUGCGAGACUUACUUCUACGAGGUGAAUUUUCUGACAUGGAAAUUGUAUGUGAAGGAAUGACUUUCAAAGUUCAUCAAGCUAUUGUUUGUACUCAGUCAAGCUAUUUUCACAGCGCGAUUUGUGAUGGCUUCAAGGAAUCCACCGAGAAAAUUAUCAAUAUCCAUGAUGACAUGCCGGAGACCAUUGAGCGAGUCUUAUCCUUCCUAUAUCUCCGGGAUUACAGUGAGGAUGGACAUACAUGUCAAUAUCAACCCAUUUCGGAGCUUGCCAACAAAAAAUCCGACUCAUCUAUUUCAGAAAGCGAGCCAGAAAUUCCAGAGCCAGCGAGUCAGUCUGCUUUCAACAAUAUCAAAAUAUUUAUCGCAGCUGAUAAAUACGCAAUUACUCCACUGAAGUCUCUGGCUACCUCGAAGUUCUCUCAAUGGGCGAAUGCAAACUGGCGCUCUCCAGUGUUCCACGAAGUCCUAGAAAAAGUCAUGACAUCAGUGCCACCACAUGAAAAAACUCUUCGGGAAGUUCUGGCAGACGUUUUCUCAAGGCAUAUUUUUGACCUUAUGAAAGACCCAGAGAUAGUACACAUUUUGGAUUCUUUUGGAUGCCUUGGGUCCUUGGUUAUUUCAAAGUUAAUCAGCAAUGAGAUGGUGAAACGGCCUGGCGAAUCUGACAUUUUUCAAGGGUUAGUUCGAAGGAUAAACUCUAGUCAUCGCUGUCGGCAUUGUUUGAAAGAUUUGAAUGUGAGAAUAAAAAACGGAGAGUUCCUAGAUCAGGGGUUUCGGUGUGCUUCUUGCAAUACUCGAAAUUGA